UUAAAUGUGCUAGAAUUUUGAAAACUUUUGGAAGUUUCGGUUUCAGCUGAAUAUGAGACGAGAGUUAUUCCUCUUGUCAAAUCAAUAGUCUUUGGAUGGUACCGGAAGCAUGCGUGCAGUUGCUUCCUGUGUCUCCGCCCACAGUCAAUUGGAACUCAGCUGUUGUUAAAAACAUCCUGCUUGUGCCCUCCAGCUCCUCUGCCAUGGGGGGCAGCGACGACAGCGACCUCAUAGAGCAGCACGCGGAGGAGGAGAUGGGGGAUAAGAAUCGCGCGGCGUCGUCCGCCUCACUCAUGGGGGGUUCGUCAUGCAGGGAGGGCCACAGCAGCACGCAGUCCUCCCACAGACUGCUGGCCUAUAGCGACGCGCUCAUCUCCAUCAUCGCCACUGUCAUGAUCUUACCCGUCGCCCACACCAAAGUGGAGAGCAGCGAGGUAAGGCUCGAUGACGUUCCGGCUGCUGCUUUUCCUCCUGAUCUGAACGCAUUUCUGCUGCAGGAGCUGAGGCAGAGCCUGCAGUUUCUGCUGAGCGCCAAGAUCGCAGUUUACUUGAUGACGUUCCUGAUUGUGACAGUGGCGUGGGCCGCCCACAUCAGGUUGUUUCAGGUGAUCGUGCGUAUCGAUGACUGCCUUGCUCUGCUGAACCUGGCCUGUAUGAUGCUCAUCACCUUCCUGCCGUACACUUUCUCCCUGAUGGCCAUGUUCCCUAAGAACAUCCUGGGGAUGCUGCUCUUCUGCGGGUGUGUCAUGGUGAUCGGGAUCAUUCAGUGCGUCAUCGUGCUGUACGCCUUCAGCCACCCCUUCCUGCUGAAUGAACAGAUCCAGAUCUCAGAGAACCAGAACUUCUACAAGAGCCACAUCCUCAAAGUCAUCAUGAGGGUUCCCAUCAUGUGCUUCUUCGCCAGCAUCUUCUCCUUCAUCUUCUUCCAGCUGUCCUAUGUUCUCCUCGCCAUUGUGGUUUUCCUGCCGUACAUCUCCCAGACCUUCAAGUGGUGCCGCAGCAAAGCCAUAGGUCAGGUGGAGGAGAGUCCAGAUGAGGUUCUGUUCUACACCUACCUGCCCAGCGAGCCCCUCAGCAAAGAGCGGGUGGAGGCCUUCAGUGACGGCGUUUACGCCAUCGUCGCCACACUCCUCAUCCUGGACAUAUGUGAGGACAACGUCCCGGACCCGGCGGUGGUGCAGCAGCAGUUUGGCGGCAGCCUGAUUGCCGCUCUGCAGGCGUACGGUCCCGAGUACCUGGCCUACUUUGGCUCCUUUGCCACUGUGGGGCUGCUGUGGUUCGUCCAUCACUCGCUGUUCCUCCACGUCACCAAGACGACGCGCUUCAUGGGCCUGCUCAACACCUUCUCUCUGGCGUUCGUCGGUGGCCUGCCUCUGGCCUACCAGCUAACCCACGAGUUUCCAGACCACUCCCACAACGAGCUGGAGGCCAUCCAGAUCAGCUGUGUGAUUGUCUUCUUUGCCGGGAUUUUCCAGCUGGCUAUCUGGGUGGCGGCGCUCUACACCGAGCGGGAGAGCCUCCACCCGGACGUGUGGUACGGCGGCCGCGAGCACGUCUUCAUGCUGGCUAAGCUGGCCCUCUACCCCUGCGUGGCUCUGGGGACCUUCUUCCUGACGUGCGUCCUGAGUGAGUUCAGCGCCUCCAUCUUCCACCUCAUGGAGAUCACGGUGCCGUUCGCCUUCCUGCUGCUCAGGCUGCUGGUGCGGAUCGGGCUGGCGCUGCUGCGCCUGCUGUUCUGUCCAGACCGGCCCGACCUGAGAUCCAUGGUGGAGGAAGACGAGUCGCGGGUGUCCUUCAACUCCGUGGUGACUUAGCUGACCUGCAGGGGGGAAGGCCGUUCAGGAGAACUGACUGUGAGGGGCUCUUCGCUGGUUUGGAGUGGGGGGGUCGAGCCCGAACAAACAGAACUCUGGGAUAGCCAGCUUGACUCUUAAUCUUCCUCCGCUCAACCGCACUAACUCAGAGAUGUGUCGAACUGAGCGAAGGUUUUUUGUUAUAAGCAAAUUCAUUUACUUAUAACAAAGAGUCAUUUAAAGUCUACUUAUAGUCAUUAGAUAAAUUUCAAAACUUUCUGCAGAGUGAAGAAGAAGCGGCUUUCUUUGACUGAAUAUUUUCGUCCGGAACUUUAAGCACCUCAAACACUGAACGCACAUGAAAUCCCUCUUUGCACUGGAGUUUCUGUCAGUUAGUGACUCAAACCUGCUCCGCUUCAGUUCAUCCGUUUUACGUCCAUAAAGGAUGGAUUUCAUCCAGACGGGUUUUUGCUUUGAUAAAUUAUCCGUUCCAACGUUGGUCGCUUUGUAGUGUCAAGCAUUUAUGUGGAGACGAACAGCUCAAUGUCUUGUUGUUGUUUUGUGUUGAAUUAUACAUUUUUUCUCUUUGUCGCCCCCUUCAGGGCAGAUGGUGAAGUGUUCCUGGUUAAAGACCCACUCCCAUCAUCCUCGUGAUCAUGCCAUUUUUAGCCAAAAUCAAAACAUCUGUGUAGUUUUAUUUUAUUAGAUAUUUCUAAUAAACUCAAACUGCUUUAGAUUCACAACAAUUUAAGUAAAAAAAUAUUUUUAGUUUUAUUUUUCUUAAUAUAUGUUCACCAUCAGAAAAAUGCUACAAGAACAUUU